GGGUGGUCCAUGCAGUGUACAGCGACACCUGCUGGUGGUGGUGGAAUAGAGCGGAUACUCGCUGUACACAGAGCAUCCUCCCCAUCAUCACCUGCCCGGUGGCUCUGCUGGUCGUACCGUCAUGUCUUACGCCUUUUUAUUCAAGUAUAUAAUAAUCGGAGACACAGGUGCGUUCAAGCCGAGUGCUGUCUGUCUGUUGGUAUUGUGUGGGCUUGGCUAUGGGCUGUGAAGUACUGUUCUUCUAUCUGCAUGUAUUGUGUCUGAAAGCUCUACCCACUGCCCUGAUACUCCCUUACCGUGAAUGGGGAUUAUUCAGAUUUUAUUUCAUUUAUUUUUCUGUACUGGGGGACAUUCUGCAGUGCUACCCUGUGAUGGCCCCAUGUAAACCGCACACGGGAUCAUUUAUGCAAUGCAUAACCGUUUAUACUAAAGGUCCAUGUAUAAUAAGUGUAUUUUGGGGAAAAUGUGUUUAUAUCUUGUUGGUGAUAAGUUAUUUAAGUUUUUAUGAAUGUAUUGAAUCUGGAGUCAUAAUUAUGAAAGCAAAUCUGCAGGGGAAAAAAACAGGGGGAGGUCUCACAUAAUCAAUUAUAGAGUGUAUCUGAUUAUUCCGCCUUCUAUACCUUGUUUUAGGUUUGAUUGUAAAUUUGCAAGUAAUUUUAGUGUUGUGUGGUUUAUGUGCUGCACAUGGUUAUUCAUUUUUCAUGAGAAAUCUCAACAGUCAAGCAAUUUCAUUGCCAUCAAUGCUGUUCUUCCUUUGCGCAUGCAUGUUUAUAACAAUAUUAUUAUUUAUUAUUAUUAUUAUUAUUAUAUAUAUAUAUAUAUAUAUAUAUAUAUAUAUAAACGCCAACUUAUUGUGCAGCACUUUAUAAUAUUAAAACAUGUCUUCAUAGUUCUGCGUGCUAUAACAUUCUAAAAUGCUAUUUUUCAUCUGCUUGGUACCAAUACCUCUUCUGGUCCGCCUUCCAAGAUACAAUAUGGAUAGAGUAUGGGAAGUCUUCAUGGCCUUUACAUCCAGCUUAUAGAGUUGAAGGAAAUAUAUUGUAGGAGAAAGCUAAAGAUUUAGAGUAGACACUCUGGUGCAGUAGUUGUGGGCUCUCCCCAUCUUACUGUGGAGCAUAUAAAUAAAAUUUGUGCAGGUAUUUUUAGAGUCAAGAAUUUAUCCCUCACAUCACAGCUUGACGAUGUGCCCCAGCCGUCAACUUGAUAAUCUUGUCGUCCAUUCAUAGUUUUACAUUAGAUCUUUUUCUUGAAUAGUUUCUCACUCUCAGAGGAAUUGCUUUUCCAUUUUCACACAACUAUACUUAAAUCACAAAUUUUCACGCAAUCCAGCAUGGAAAAAAUGGUUUUAAGUGGAAAAUUGUAAAAGUGUUUGAACGUAAAUACUUUGCCAAGGAGCCUCCCUAAUUUUUUUUUUUUUCUUUGAUAUUUAAGUUGCGGUUGAGUGAAAUCUGCGCAAACCAUUGAGUAUUUUGCACAAACGGGUUAAUAUUUAUGCUGAAACUUUGACUUGAUUUUUACUUUUAUAUUUUAGUAGCUUCCAUAUUCUGUAGAAUUUAACAUGGCUGAUUCCAUAGUUUACACACUUACAUUUUUAGGUAUUUUUUUUUUUCCCAACACACUGCUUCUCUCAUCCCUGAACUAUACUUACUUCUUAAUAGAUGUGUUUUGUAGAUCAGUGAUAUUGCAUCCCACACCAUAUGGCUCGAUAAUGCGAUAUGAUAUAUGAUACAAUGGCAAAUAAUAAUGAGCUGUAAUGGUUAUGACGUGCCUUUUUAAAAAUGUGUUAUCUAGUCUCAACUUUUCUUUUCCCAUCUCAUCACAAAUGUCUGUUCACAAUUUGUUCUUUCCCAUCUUUAAGGGUUUUUCCUAAUUUUAAGAUGGGGGGGGGAAAGUCUGUAAUAUUUUUUUUAAUGCAAUUUGCCAACUGUUUUGUAACAUUUUAAAUGUAAAUGUGGAGCUCACUGAUAUGUAUUAUCUUGACGCGUCAGUGAAAUAGCUAUAUAUCUGCUAGAAGGCUGGAUAAUAUCAAGAGGUACACAACAAAUAGACAGUAAAACAAUUACUAAACAUUCCUAUGGAAUAGCCUGCCUACCGCCAUCAGACUCUCCCCUAGUCUUCAAUCAUUUAGGAAGUGCCUUAAAACCCAUCUCUUUAGGAAAGCUUAUGGCCUCCCAGAGUAACCUCUACCUCACUUAUCUGUCUCUUGCUCUCUGCUAAAAGGCAGCACUCUGCUCGAGCUCUGCUUCACUCACCCCUUAUUUGAUUCCUAUUUCCUGUCCUAAUGUGUUUUACACCCCACCUCAUAGAGACUGUAAGCGCGUUUGAGCAGGGUCCUCUUCAACCUAUUGUUCCUGUAAGGUUUUUUUGUAAUUGUCAUAUUUAUAGUUAAAUCCCCCACCUAUUUAUAGUUAAAUAUUGUAAUGCGCUACGGAAUCUGUUGGCAAUAUAUAAAUGGCAAUAAUAAUAAGGGAAAUUUAUCGAGGCAAUAACAGGUGCUAUUCUGAGGUAAAGUGCAAAAAAGAGCAAUCACUGUGGAAACCAGUAGAAUGUCUGCAAUAAUUUAGCACUUUGCACCUAAAAUAGCACCUGUUUAUCUUUAAUAAUCCUCAUGCAUAAUUUUUGCAUGCUGAAUAUGCAUCAACAUGAUUAUAUGGAAAAACAGAUUUCAGCCCUCAGUGAUAUGCAGAUUAAAUUCUCAUUGUUUGUUUGUUUAAUUUAAAUAUUGUAUUACAUUUUCAAACUUGGAUAGAUACAGUAGUAGAAUUGUAGCAUGUUAAGGGGCCCUUCAUGAUACAGCUUUGUAUAUGAAUGGCGUAAUGCUAAUUUUUAAAUUUAGAAAAAUAAUAUUCAAACACAUAUGACUGUCAUGUGAUUUGAUAUAAUCUUGCAAUAAUGACUUGCACACUAGUCCUGUACUUGAAUAGGAACCUCCAGAGGAGAGAAAGGUUGAUGCUUUUCAACUCCAAUUGUAUAAUGGGAUUUAUCUAUCCCUCUAGUUAUGUACCCAUCAGCAUUUUUAUACAUGCCUGCAGUGGACAUUUUAUUUAUUUAUUUAAUUAUUGAUUUGUUUAUUUUUAUGGUAUCUGCUGGUACAUUUAUUAUAUUUAUAGAAUCUUAAGACGUUCAGAAUUUUAAUGUUUCUAAUGCCUUUCAUGAUUACCCAACCUGCCAGUUUCUUGCAUAUCUUUGUUUUCUGUAGUUGAGUGCCACCCAUUGUAGUGAGUUGAAGAUGGCACAGGAUUUUGUAAAAUUCUAAUUUUAGCUUAUCAGUAAGGCUGAUACACAAACACUGUAAUUAGGAGAGUCACAGUGGCCACUUUACAACAACAGUGCAAAGUUUGAUGAAUCUGUUGUCCAUUUUGUAAAUUAACCAAACCCCAAAAUUAAGUAAAAAUACACUCUGUAGGAUUGCUAAUGUUAAAUCUAUAUACAUAUGUAUACACUAAUAAAAUAUUCUGCCCUAGAGACUACAAACCUAAAGCCAAAUAGACUGUCUAACCUCAGUGCCAAUGUGCCUUUACAAAAGAGGGCUCAGAUAAAAAUGAGAACACUCAAGCCAAAGCACAGGGGACACUGCAAGCACAAAGCCACUGCAGCAGGCCGUAUAAGUUCUAAUGCUUAGAGUGCCCAGGUGCCAUCCCACUGUUAAGAGUAAUACCGAUUUCGAACGGAUGCUGUAAUUUGGUACCUCUUCAUUGAUCUUGCGAAAGCAGAAAUUCACCUUCCCCAUUAGCGAUAUUAAAGGAACGCUACAGUAUUAGGAAUACAAAACUGUAUUCCUAAUACUAUAGUAUCCAUCUGCCGCUGUGGUUUCAACCCUCUGAUUAAAGGCUUAAAAGACCUUUUUUCCACAUACCUCUGUCCAGCACUCGAGAUCCCUUGUAAUCGAUUUGGGUUUCUCCUCCCGUGACGUCACUGCGAUGGAGAACAUAAAGGACAUGCAUGCAUUAGACCUUUACCAUAGGAAAGCAUUGAAUCAGUGAUUAGGUAUUGAAGACGCUUGAUGUCCUCAUGCAAAGCGUGAGGACGUCUAACAUCGUUUCAUGGAUGCAGGAGGCACUUCUAGUGGCAGUCUGGAAGAUAGUCACUACAGGCAGUCUUAACCCUGCAGUGUUUUACAAUGAGAUACCAUGGUAUCAGUUCCUAUAGUGUCCCUUUAAUUCUCUCUGAACAGAAUUAAUUGGCUGACUAUGUCAUCUGACACAUCUGUACAAAUAUGGAUGAAAUUGAUAUCACUAAUGCGAAAGUAGAAAUGUGCAUCUUGGCUAUAUCUUUUUUUUUAGGUUAGGGACCAGACUGUGGAGACCUAUGUAAUCUUUCAAAACAGUAUUCCUCUUAACAGUGGGAUGGCACUUAUAACCUUAUUUUUUCAAAAGUAUUCUGUGUAGAUGAUGUUUUAGAACAGGACAUGACAAAAUGACUUGACAAAAUUGCUUUGAAUCUAGGAGCCAGGUUUUUUAAACUUACAAAGCUUUAUUUUCAGUGAUAAAAUGAAUUUCUUAAAGAGACACUAUAGUCACCACAACCAUUACAGCUUAAUGUAGUGGUUCUGGUGUCAGCCUGUCCCUGCAUGCUUUUUAAUGUAAACACUGACUUUUCAGAGAGGGGGGGGGGGGGCUGGUGACAAGUGCUUGACAAAUUUGCUUUCAAUCGAGGAGCCAGCUAAAAAAAUUAGGAACCAGUUUUUUUGAGCUUUAAAAAUACAAUUCUUAAAGGAGCACAAUAGUCACCAGAAACAUUAAAGCUUAAUUUAGUGACUCUGGUGUCUAUAACAAACCUGUGGGUUUUUCAACGUAAGCUCUGCUUUUUCAGAAAAAAGGCAGUGUUUACCUUGCUGUCUAGUGGCAGUCACUCAGACAGCCACUAAAGUGUCACCUAUAUCAGUGCUGCACAAUGUGCAGCACCUGCAUUCAGCGUGGAGGUGGCACUGAACGUUCCCCAUAGAGAUGCAUUGCUUUAAUGCUUCAGUAUAAAGAGGUUGAUUGAUAAUUGAUAAUCUCCGUUAUGAAGGCAGGCCUGUUGCGGCGAGACUGGCACGGCGUUGGAAAUAAGACCGGAGGGGAGCUGGUGACCUAAACAUACACAUUCACUAGCAGACACCUGGACUGACUGACUGACAAACACACACACAUUCACUGACAUACACACAUCCUCUCACACACUCAAAAGAUAUUAAUUAUUUGAUAUACACAUAGACAAAUACACACAGGCAGAGACAUACAUGCAUAACAGGUAUCCACACAGAAAUUUAAGAAAAGCGAAUACAUUUUUUGCCACUGUCCUGUUUCCUAUCUGAUUGGCGCAGGAGAGUGGUUUCCCUGAGGUCCAGUGGGACUGGGCACAGCAGGAGACAAACUAGUGGGGCUGGCUGCGGCUAAUAGGAGUUGGCUGCUGCUGGUCAAGACUCCUCUCCUUCACCUGUCUCGAUGGGAACUCCAAUUACUUCCUCCUGGCACUGUGGCCACACAGAGGAAUGAUAGUGCGGGCAGUUGGGUCUGUGAAAUGUGGGUGGGCGGCCGGGUCUACGGAACGCGGCAAACAGACCCACGGCCUCAGCCCUGGAAGAAAGUAAUUACGCUCACGUCCUCCCGGUACACAGGCACACAGAGAGCUACAUGGGAUUGAGUCAAGAGAAUGAGGGAAUGGACUGACCAAUCCCAGACACCAGGGCAAAAUUCUUAGUCGCCAUGGUGACCUGGUGCCUGGGAUUUGUCGGGACUUGCCAUUACGGACCCAUGACUGAAUUAGCGGCCUCAUGCUGACUGGUUGAGCUGCAGGUAGCGCUCAAAGUGAGUGCUGCACUUAGCUCUUUAAAUUGUGAUUUAAAGGGACUCUCCACUGCCCAAAAACAAAAUAAAAAGCACUGUUUAGUAGAUAUACCCAAAUGAAAAUUUGAAUGCAUUUAAUUAUGCAUUUCCACGGAGCUAACAAAACCAACCAGGAAGUAAUUUAUAAAUCUGUCAAUUUCAAUUGAAAUAUGCACUUUUUAUAAAUGAAAUAAAGAGGACAAACUCUUCACACUUAAAGGAGCACUAUAGUCAACAUACAAAAGAAAAAAGCCUUCUUUCUUGCUUUUAUAUUAGUUUCCCCCUAAUAAAAAAAUAAAUCACAGUGCUUUUUAUGAUAAAAACUUACCUCCGUUCCAGCGCCAAGCUCCUCGGCAGGCCACGCCCCCUUUUCCAUCAAAGUGACAAAAUAGCAUUGCUCGGACAGACGCUUCUCUAUGAGAUGCAUCAUUGCUCUCUGGUGCGCAUGCGUGACUUCACCAUUAAAUACCCCUCUAUGAAUUAACUGAGCACUCUACCAGUAUGCGCGUUCGCGAGCUCAGCUGACUGACAGCUAAGCGUGAAGACGUCAAACGUGAGUUUCGCGCGUCAGGAAGGACUUGACUCGGAAGUCCCUCUGGUGGCCGUCUGAGUGACUGUCACUGGAGGUGUUCCUAGGUUCUAAUGUAAACACUGUAAUUUUUUAUGAAAAUACAGUGUUUACAUGAAAAGGCCUGCAGGGAGCUAUUUUACUCACCUGAACAACCCCUUUAAACUGAAGUUGUUCAGAUGACUAGAGUGUCCCUUUUAAAUCUUUUGAGAAAGCUAAAGUGCUUUAGAAGCUGUGAGGGAGAAAGGAGGACAAUAGAGAGGAAGGAGGGCCUGGACCAGACUCAGCCAGAUGGACCUCAGGAAAGCUACCAAAGGUAGCAGGGGAGUGGCGAAAAAUAUGUAAAUUAUGAUUUUUGUGUUUUCUAUGUGUUUAUGUGGCAGUGUGUAUGUGCAGAGCAGUAUAUGCAGGGCAGGUCUUAAGGUGCCCUGUGAAAAAUAAAUCAUCACAGCGCCGCUCCCCAGUCAUACCCCUCAUUUAUGUAUAAUGUAUGUAAAGGGGUAUAGUGUUUAUAUAGUGGAUUUAUUAAAUGUGUGUGAGCGUCUGUGUGUGAUAUGUGCUGGCUUUGUGAAAUUUGUGCUGGGAUUAUUGGCUGUGUGAUGGGUAUUUAACAAAUAAAAAUAUGCAUGUAGGCCCAUGUGUGAAUCUGUGUGCAGAUUCACAUGCACACAGUAUCAUGGUAAGAUGCACACAAUUAUACACUUACACUGUCAAAUACAGCCACAUGCACAUAGUCACACACAGUUACAGGUAAAUAAUUAAACACACAGUUAAAGGCAAUCACACACACACACACACACACACACACACACACACAGGUACAAGCAGACAAAGUUACAGACAGUCACACACACACACACACAGUUAGUCUCUCUCUUUCACACAGUUACAGACAGUCUCUCUCUCACAUAGACAGUUGUGCUCUCUUACACACACACACACACACACUCACACACAGUUACAUACCGUCUCUCUCACACACACACACAGGUAUCUGCUGCCAUUAUGAGCUGGCUGGUGGAGCAGAGGCACUGCAGUACCUGGGGUAUAGGUGUCUGGGGAGCGGGGAUACCUACCUGCUUCCCCCACUGUGUCCACAAAUUCCCAGACAGUGGGUUCUGGCUGUGUGUAGCUCCGCCCCUGCCGCUCGAGUAGAUCCACCCCUCCGGGGAUUUAGCUCUCCCUCUCUGGGAAUUUAUCUCCGACCCUGCCUUAUCAGCUAGUCCUGGCUAAUAAGAAUGAAAUGCUCCCCUCAGGUGCAGCGCGGUCACGCUAUAUUCCGCGACCUACCUUAUUGGAGAGCUCUGUGCACUCCCUGAUACCUCUCACCCAGGGAGUGUGUGAGCUGUGUCGGCCACAUGGCGCCACCUGCUGCCAUGGCACCCUGUGUGACCACACAGCUCUCACAACACUACGGCCGGCCCUGAGUAUAUGUGCAUACAUCUCGACAAUCAAAAGCCAACUCUACAUACAGACACAUUUAAACACAAACUCUAAACACAGGUCCACCACUAGUUUGAAAUAGUAACAGUAUAUACAACCAUAUUAAAUGCAUUAUGCCAACACUACACAAAAAUACAUUCAAACUCACAAAGCAUGAAUAUAUAGAAACACUGCUCACAAAUACAGCACUGCAAGGAUGGGUACGUGGUAGAUCCCCAACUGAAAAAGCAUUGUAGGAGUUGUACAACAUAUGGGAAUCUACCUACAAAAAUACAUAAGAUAAAGUAUAAUAAUUUAUUUGUUUAUUUUAUUGAGCUUUUCUUCCUGUGAGACUCAAUGCACUUUACAAAUAUAUAAAACAGACAUGAAAGUUAAGUUUUUGAUGGUUUGGUGAGCUGACUGAAUGUCUGUUUAAAGAGAUGGGUCUGUAGCUUUUUUUUUUUUUUUUUUUAAAGUCUGUAAGGAUAGUGCCUCUCUGGUUGAGCAAGAGUACCAGAAUAUGUCAGCGUGGCUGAAUGCCUGGGAAUCUAAGUUUGCCUUUAUUCUGGGCACCGACAAGAGGGAUUUGUUGGUUGACCGAAGUGUGCAGGAUGGAAUAUAUAGUGUCAGGAGUUCAUUCAGGUGUUAUGGACCUUGAUUGCUUAAGACAUUGAAGAGCAGCAGGCUAAUUUUAAAAUCUAUUCACCACUGGAAGACAAUGCAGACAGUGGAGAAGAGGUGCUAUGUGACAUGAUCGAGUGUGGUUUGUCAGUAGUCUGGCUACUGCAUUUUGAACUGUCUGUAGGCGAUGGAAUUCUUUUUCUGGGAGGCCAAAGUAGAGUACUGUCACAAACUUACCCGCUCCUCUCGUUUGGCUGCACCUGAAUAGGAUAUACUCUCCUUCAGUCCCGCAAACAGCUCUCUGCUGGUUCACGGGCAAACUACAGCCCCUGUAAAAAAAAAUAAUAAAAAAAAUGCCACAACGUCACGCCCUUUUAAGGGACUGCAUCAUCUAGACGAUCCCAUGCUGUUUGGGGCCGCAGAGAUGACGUGGACCAAUGGGAACUCAUGUGAACCGAUUUAAGGCAUGUUCUGGCCCUUACUCGUUGCCCUAUCAUGGUUUCUGUCAUGAUAGUGCUAAUAGUAAGUCUUUCUCUUCUUAUAUCGACCUUGGCUUGUAUUUGACUUUGUGUGUUUCUGGUAUCUUGACCCGGCUUGUUAUUCCGUUUAUCUGUACUUCUAUAUCCCUGACCUUGGCUAUUCCUGACUCUGUCUUAUCUGUAUUAACGUUAAGUCCGUCCACUCUAAGUCCCGGUUUUACGUCUAUCUAGUACCUUUGUUGGUGGGAUUUGCCAUUCCUGUAAGUUGGGUUAUGACCCCAGUGACAACUACAUUUCAGUAAUCUAGAUGAGAGGACACAAAUGCAAGAAUUAAUGUUGGCAUAUCAUCCUGUGGGAUUAAGUAUCAUGGCUAUGUUUCUUAGAUGAAAGAAGGCAGUCCCUAAUUAUCUUAUCAAAUCUUUUGACUGGGUUGGAAUUUCACACCAGACAGUCACUAGAGGCGCUUCGUGGAGUUUUACGCUCUGCAUGAGGACCUCCAGUGUCAGAGAAAACCCAAUAGGAAAUCAUUGUGGCAAUACUUUCCUAUGGGUAAGGUCUAAUGCGUGCAUGGCACUUGCCACACAUGUGCAUUAGGUCCCCACUUAAAUGAUGUCGGAGGAGGCAGAGCGUAACCCAUUAUCGAGGGACCUUGACGCUAGAAUUGGGAAAGUGAAUAAAAGGUUACUUAACCCUUUAAAUGCAGAGAAGGGGCUGAGAAACACAUUAGUGUUAGGAAUACAAAGAUGUAUCCUUAACACAAAAUUGUUUAUUUUAAUUACAAAACAGGCUAACUGAAGCCAUGACUGUGGUUAACAAAGUUCCUAAAGAGACACAUUAAUAGCAGCAGUUAUAACCAACGGUUUGCAAGAACACCGUGACAGAGACUUCAUUGAACUGUAACCAGUCCUCAAGGCACAUGAACCGUCUGGUUUUCCUAACCCACUUUAAGGUUGGCAGAUGGGUUAUGCUUACACAACAUUUAAGAAAUGAGAAGUAAUAUGUACUGUCUUCUUUCAAGGAUAUGCCUGAGAACACAAUUAACACAAUUAAGAUGUGUGUUGGUUUUAUUUUGCUAUACAUUUUGCAUUAUUUUCAGUUUUAAUCACGGUUUGUCUCUGAUACCUUUAUCCUAGGUGUGGGAAAGUCCUGUCUCCUCCUACAGUUUACAGAUAAGAGGUUCCAACCUGUUCAUGACUUAACUAUUGGUAAGACUCCUCAUUGUGAUGAGACAGCUGCCUCAAAUCUGGCUUUUAUAGAUAUGUUUUCACCUCUUGCAGACUUUCUCAAGAUAUACUAUUUUAUAUUAAUCUGUUUAUGCAAAAAAUGUAUUGCCUACUCACACACUGAUUUUUAUUCUGGAGUGUCCCUUUAAAUCUUACUAGGUUUAAAAGGACACUCCACUGCCCAAAUAAAACAAUAAUUACUAUUUAGUGAUUAAAUUAUGCAUGUCUCUCUUCUAUAGAACCUUUGCAGGCCCUCCCCUUCUAACGCAGCCCAGACUUUAUGUGGCUGUCACAAUCACAGCAGCUGCCUUCCCAGUGCAGCUGAAUGAAUAGUGUUUGUAGGGCAGGUGUUCUGGGCAAUGGCUGCCAUUUGAGUUUAGCUCCACUGAGCUAACGCAGCCAGGAAGUAACAGGACCUGUUUUCUGAUUGAAAUCUGCACUUUUAUAAAAUAAGUGGACACUCUUUACACAUAAAGCACUUCAGCAAGUUAAAGUGUUUUAGCUGUUUGUAGUGUUCGUUUAAUAAUUUAAUGUUUAUGGUGUGUAAUAAUUUACCCCUUUACUGUGUGAAAUGUGUUUUUUGUUUUUUCCAUUACUCUCUUUAGUAACAUUAUUCUUAUCUCCACAGGGGUUGAGUUUGGAGCCCGGAUGAUUAAUAUUGACGGGAAGCCUAUAAAGUUACAGAUAUGGGACACGGUGAGAGACUCUAUAGGUUUGGAGCUUUAUAACCUGCUGGUGCCCUGAGUCUUUUCACAAAAAUAGAAAAAAACAUGACAAAUCCCAUCAAAGGGUAUAUUCACCAAACGGGGAAUGGAAAACCUUAAAGGCAAAUUUGGAAAAAGCCUCCAGCUCUGAUCUAGUCACACCUUGGAUAUGAUAGUCUGUACAUUGCAAUUUUCAUGCGUGUCAUAUAGACCAUAUAGAUAUGAUCCAUGAAUUGCUUUACAAGUAAGAGUAACACUGGAGAAUACCAGUGUAAUGUGUUGAAAUAGAUCUGUGUAGGACUCUCUAUAGAAACACCUGCAUUGCAAUGAAUCCUUUAGGAAAUCAAUCAACAACAAUGUUAAUUGAUGAACAUAUACAUGUUGCCUACAAAUUACAUUCACCUUUGUACAUAUAUGCAUCACAUAAUGCUACUAAGUCACUGAUCUGCAAAUUCCAUUGUCCUGCUACAUACACACUUCUCACAAAUUGCAUGUUCAGUUGUCAGCUAGGGAAUGUGUAAUGACAUGAACCAUUAAUUUUUAAUUUUUUUUAUUGCAAAUCUUCUCCCUUAUUUAAGUUACCUAACGAAAACCCUAGGUUAAUUGUAAUGACGCCUCAUAUAGGAAUUAUUUGUAAAUUGUUAAUUUAAUCAUUACUCUGUUUGAAUACUCUUUACACUCAUUAUUUUACUGUCAUCACUGAUUUACUGAACAUACCAGCUUCCAAUGUGCAGUAUUUACGUGCUCAUUUGCUUGGUACAUGCUCCUCUUGUAAUGUCUUUUCUGGUUGCGUAUUGACCUUAUCCAGGUUCCUUUCUGGGCUGCCUCCUAGACAAUGUUGUAACCUAGAUCUAUUUGGCUUUUCUUUCAAACAUGUUAUACAUGUAAUUCAAAGCCAUAGGCAUGAAUUUAAGUUACGGUUUCAAAUAGAUAGUCUUUCAUGGUACUUGAAAGGACAUGUUGCCAGAGACAUUUGUUGAAUAAAAGCUAGAUAUUGGGUGUACUUGAAUACAAAGAUAUGAUGCUGGGAUGCAUCCAUUAUUCAUUUAUUUUAUAUCACUUUGUUUGUCCCUUGUCCUGCACAGGCUGGGCAAGAAUCAUUCCGUUCCAUAACACGAUCAUAUUACCGAGGGGCUGCAGGAGCUCUGCUAGUGUAUGACAUUACCAGGUGAGAGUAGCUUUAGGAUGCAUGUUACUGAGACACUGUAAUGUAAUUGCUCUGCAUGCUUUGAUUCCCAUUGCAUGGUCCCCCAGAAGAGCUGAGAAAGGAGUGGAAACAUGGAAGGGGAAUAUUGAUAAAUCCUUUGCAUAAUUAUUGGGCCUGCCUUAAAGUAUUGUUUAGUGUACGACCUCCUACGUUAUCAUUUUAGAAAAAAACUCUUAUUUGUCAAACAAAUUCUGUUUGUUUAGUCACCUACUUGUAAAUCCAUGUUUCCAUAAUUCUAAUUGAAAAACUUAUUUUGUUUCUCUAAAUAGACUCCUGGCAUGCCUUAUAUGUUAAUCUUGAAUUAGUCUAGUCCAUCGCACAGGUCAGGUCUGUAUAUUUUUUGCAUGAUGAACUUUGUUAUAUAGACUUGUAUCACAUAUUUGGAAUAUAUAUCUGUCAUGUAAAAACACGGGGCCAAGUGUGGAAGAAUAGACUUCAUAGUCUAUAUAAAAUAAUAGAGAUUUAAUUAAUUUAUUUUUAUGAUUGGUAUUUUCCUAUGACAUCCAAGCAGUAUUUAAUGUCUUUCUGUCUAGCCAAAAAAACUAUUUUAAAAAACCCAAAUGGAACCUAAUUAUUAAGUCUCAGUUUUCCUGCCCACUUUAGGUAGGAUCUCUUUGUUUUGUUCACAUUUGGGUGAUAUUGUGCUUUUGUUUGGGUUUAUUUUUGCGAUUUUAUUCUCCAGGUUCUCCAAAGAAUUUUAACUUGCUACAUACUGAAAUACUAGAAAUUUUUUGAGCUAUUUUUGUUUCACUGAAAAAAAAAAGUAUGGAUUAUCUACAUAAGAGUUUGCGCUGCUUUCUGGGGGACAAAGUGUAGCUGGAGAAGAUGUAAAUCACGGUACACAAUCCAUGCAUUAUGCAAUGGAGUCACAUUUUGCAAAAGUUAAUUUAUAUUCUAUCUCAGGUUGGUGAGCCAGAGCAUUCAAAUUUCUAUUUUGGGGCUGGGGACGGGCCACCUCGCUGAUCAGAUGCUCCUGCUUCCACUGCUCUAAAUAGUAGUUUAUACUUGCUACAAUAGAAACCGUCCCUGUGAAUUGGACAUAUGUGAGAUGCUUAGUUAAUUAGAUAUAGAACUUUAGUAGGCCCACACGACCUAAACAACAAAGCAUGGCCUGCACCACUUAUUUGGACUCUCAACAUUGAUCUCCUUUCUACACUAUCCUUUGAGCAGUUUAUGUUCUCUGGGCUACUGCAUUGCUGCUUCUAAAACUGCCGCCAUGAUGGCUUUGCCAGAAUUUACACUCGGCCGCUUAUUGGUGCUGUCUGCCAGCUUUCGUUAUGAGGAUGCCCAGCUCUGGGACAUAUUUAUUGUUCUGUGUGAGUCCCUACCGAUUGUGCCACUCCAGAAGGACUAACCUUAUCUUCACUUGUUAGCUUAUGUACGUGGUGUUGGUGACAUGUUCCCUACCUUUGUUUGUAGUACUGUGGCCUGCACAGUAGUACUGUGGCCUGCAGUCUGUAAACUCUGAUAAGCCGGGUGGACUGGUGGCCUUGGUACUGUACCUAAUUGCAAUUGCUUGGAACAAAAUUAAAAAAAGGAAAAAGAUUUUUAUUUUAUUUUGUAACAAGCAAUUAUUGAAUACACCAGGAAGGGUGUUACAGUAACUUUUGGGAUUAGACAGUAGUUUGUCUUAUAAAAAUGAAGGAAUUUGCUUGUAUGAUUUGAUCUUAUGAAAUAUUGUUUAUUCAUAUUUAUACAUCUGCUUCUGUCAAUAUUUCUAGCUUUUAGACAGAAUUUUGAUUGGGCCAAUUUUGUGUAUAUUUUAAUUUACUAGGCUAUCAGGGCUACCUUUUGUGCAGCAAAAUUACAGCAGCACAAUUGUGACCAUAUUUAGUACAGGAGUAGACACCUUUAGUAUUACUGUGCCAAAACAAGAUCUUGAAGUCCCUUGGUAUGCCAGUCCUAUUUCUUUUUAUUUGUAUUUUUUUAAAUUGAAAUGUGUAUGUUGCCGUGUUCUGCUUGUGUUAUUUAUGGGUGCUGCAGUUGCUUUGUAGCGUUGUAUUUGCUAGUAUGUGGGUUGUUUUAUUGUAUAUGUUCAUGAGUAGUUUUUGGUAUUGUUUAUGAUACCUAUGACUGGGGGUUACUUGUGAAAUUGUGUGGCUAUUUUACAUUGUGGGUAUGGUGGUGUGUAUACAUUUGGGGCUGCUUGUGGGGUUGUGUGCAUGUAUGUGGAUUGUCAGAGUUAUUGUGGGGAUUGUGUGUAGUCUGUUUGUAAUAUUUGUAUGAGGGGAGGAUUCAUUUGCAGCUCUGUGUAUAUCUAGCAGUGUGGGUGGCUUCCCAUUAGUGGCCAGGUACAGGUCAGGGGCAGGAGCUGUGAUAGCUGUUGCAGGCUGCUCUACUCCAGUGUAGAUUCCCAUUCACAAGGAAGUGAUUUGAUAUCUGUGUAGAGUAUCCUGCUUACUUUAGCCUGUCCAUGAUUUUAUUUUUAUUUAUUUUUUGUCUUAGGGUAUGCAUUAGGGGUUUGCUUUCGGCAAGCAGGUCUUUUCUCUGUCCAUUUUCUUCUUUGUUUGUAUAUCUCUGCUAUGUCUCGUACUAAGCGCUACCAAAAAUAUCAGUGUGCCCGGUGAGGGACUUGCUUAUUAUUUUUUAUAUAUUUAUUAUUAUUAUUAUUUUUUAAAUACAUUUCUUGGUUAGAUACAAAGAGUCUAUGAAGCAACCCCUUUCACUUUUUGCCAAAUAAAAUCUUCUAUAACAACUCUCUUACCUGCCUGGUGUCUUUGUCUUGUAUUUCCAGACGGGAAACAUUUAGUCACCUCACUUCCUGGCUGGAAGAUGCUCGGCAGCACUCCAGUUCAAAUAUGGUGAUCAUAUUGAUUGGAAACAAAAGGUCAGCACUUUCAGUAUGUCAGAAACACAUUUCUGUCAGUCAGCUUACUAUAUACAUUGGGCUUUCUUUAUACUUUCUCCUUGACCCUCUGUUCCAGUGACCUUGAGAGCCGCAGAGAUGUUUCAAGGGAGGAAGGAGAAGCCUUUGCUCAAGAACAUGGUCUCAUAUUUAUGGAAACAUCUGCCAAAACUGCAGCCAACGUGGAGGAGGUAAGGGAGGAGAAGUGCUGUUAUUUCAGUGAAAAAGCCUCCUGUUUGCUAGUCCCAAACACUGUCUCUUAUUUUAUUUAUUUGUUGGUUUGGUAUGAGUUUGAUAUAUUUUUAUUUUUUUUCUGUUACCUUUUAUGUGUGCUAUUUACUGCUGUAAUUCUCUCCAAGGCCUUCAUUGGAACCGCCAAAGAAAUCUACAAAAAGAUCCAACAGGGACUGUUUGAUGUGACUAAUGAGGUAAACUUUGCCACAUGAUGGCAGUACAGUUACAUUUCACUAGGUGAUCACUUUCCUGCCUCUCACGUCCUUUCUUCUUUCAUUCAAGGCUAAUGGCAUCAAGGUUGGACAACAGCCAAUAAGUGAGCCUUUGGGAGGGGGAGCACAACGAAGCCAAGCAGAAGGUGGAAGGACUUCUGGGUGCUGCUGAAUUAGACUCGAGCUUAACAGUUCACCAUUCCUCUUGCGUUUCUUUCUCCCUGUUUAUUAUUAGACAAUUGCUUUUUGUAUUAUUUAAUAUUAUUUUUGUUUAUUUAUUAUAAUUUUUUUGUAAAGAUUUAUUUUAGCCUUAAAUUGUGCGUUUAAGUGACAACAAUGUAAACAAUUUAAAAGGGUGUGUGAGUGGCCUUUCAUGCUCGUGUCUGUCUCCCUUAAAGGGACACUCCAAGCACUUUGACAACUUCUGUGCCUAUUAAACCUUGAGGUAUUUCAUCUAGGCUUGUUUAAUAUGUGGGAUAGAAGUUGUUCAGUUUUCACUUCUACUUCCCAUUUCCCACAAGAUACUGAUACAUUUACAGACAUCUAGGGAUUUUCAUGCACAGUAACACCCCAAAAGUACACUGAAGUCAAUGCAAGUUCUGCAGCUCUACUGUGCUUGCCUCUGUGUUUUAUAUAGGACAGCAUUGAACUGUAGUGUGCAUGUGCAUUACGUUUUGCAUGUCGAAAGCGUGCCAAUUCAAUACUAUAUCCGUAUGCACGGCUUUAAAUUGUUCAGCUACUUCUUUGCUGCCACUCAGUGAACAGAAUAAGGGAAGUAACUCUGCAAAUAAUCUUUGCAGGCAAGCAUUCUUUUUAAUCAUUUUAUUCUAAUUUUAAUACAUUAUUAAAAAAAAAAAAAAAAUCACAAAUGUGGGUCAACUCCAGCUUGGAGUGACAUUUUAAAAGCCAAUGAAGGAAGCCUGUUAUUGCAGUCAAAAAAUACAUGCUUCUAUCUCUGUUAAAUAACAACAUGCCCUGGUUGGUUAUGUAUUUUUUUAAAGGACAACAUAAAAUAAUUCUUGUCCUAAAUUUUGAAACAUGCUAUGAAAACAUCUAUAGCAAGUAUAUUGACAAUUUUGUGAAACACGGUUCAAACUCUCUCUCUCAGAUCCAUAAUUCGCUCCAUCUUGCUGCUAUUUCUGUUAGAUUCCACAUGUAAAAUAUACAGUGAAAACAUAUUUUGAGUGACAGAAUAUGAGAGAUGUUAAAGGAAGGUGAGCAUACCCAGAGGGCAGACAAUAGAGGAAAUGCUUGUGGAAGGAGGCAGAGUUACACUGUUGUAGGGCUGGAGGACACUGCUUAUGGUGGGUAUACAGUAAUUGACCAAUCACAUAAUGGUCUGCUGUCAGAAUGAAGGGUCUAAGAAAAGUUUGGAGCAGUUUUCCCCAAAAAUAUUUAGUAUGUUUCAAUACUCCGGACAAGGAUUAAUGCUCUGUAAAGUUAUGUUUUUAGUAGCAGUUGUUCUUUAAAUUUGUUGCAGAGGAUAUACACUAUUUGAUGUUUUUACCCGUUUUAAGUAUUCUCAGUUUUAACCUUGGUCAUUGCAUAUAUUAUACUUUUAUGUAAAACAUUACUGAAAUUUGCAAAAUCAUAGACUAACUUAGCAUUACAUAACAGAGUUGCCUGCAAAAGUAAAGGGACACUCCAUUACCCAAAUACAAAAUAAAUAAAAAUCACUGAUUAGAACAUAUAUCUACUAUGAAAACCUCAUGCAUUCUUUCAUUGCGGGUGUAUCGAGCAGGAUCUUGCAAAAGCUGCAGCUAUCUUGUCUAAAGCCUUUGCAAACACCCCUUUUGAACGCUGCCCAUACUUUCUGUGACUGUCUAAUCACAGAUAUUCCAGUCUAGCUCUAAUUAAGUAUUUGCAAGGCAGUUACCUGCUAAUUGAGUUUAGGUCCAUUGAGUAAAUAACGGGACUGAUUGUCUGACAGCCAGUAGGGUGUAAUAAUGUUAGCUUAUAAAAGUGUCAAUUUUAUUGAAAUCUGCAUUUUUUCCCCAUAAAAUUUAAAAUAUGACACACUCUUCACACAAAGUACUUCAGCAAGCUGUCCUGGUGUGUUACUUUAAGGGCCAGUCAUAAUUAAAGAUUUCCUGUAUAAAUGACCGUUUACAGAACUGACAUGUGCAUGCAAGGAAUGCAACUGCAAGGAGUUUGAUUUGCAUUGUGCUUAAUGGAAAACUCCAGUGUCUGUUUGCACUUAUUUGUAAUGUUGCAGUGCUAUAACGAGUGCAUUUAGAGUACUGCUCACCACUCAUAUGUGAAAUAAAGCUUUUAUUUACCUGUAAUCAAGUGGCAGGAGGAUCUCCUUGUCACAACUCUGGUGUCCAACCAUGAGAUCAUCACUUGUGAGCUAUUCGCCCAGCCAAUGCAUUGGGACUUAGGGCUCAUGCUCAGCAGUGCCUCUAGUAAAGAAACAUUCAAUAUAAUGCUUUUCUGAGAAUCCUCACAUCCAUUUUGAGGGUGUGCUCAAGCCUGUUAGGAGAAAACCCUCCAGGCUGGGUGAGUGCAACCUAAUGAUCUUUAUAAAAGUGCAGAUUAUUUUGAAAUCAGCACUUUUAUAACGUAAUACCCCUAAACCACUUCAAGCUAAAGUGAAGCUCUGGUAGUUUGGAUGUUCUUUUUUUUUUUUUUUUUUAUUAAAUUGGUGCAUUGAUAUCCACAUUAAACAAUACAAUCUUUCCUUAUUUAUUGAGUCAUUAUGUUUACAAAUAUAAGAAUUUAUUGGAACCAAAAUCCUCUUUUUCGUUGUACAUUCAAACAAUAAACAUGAUUAGUUAUAUCAGAAGUACACAAAAUAUCUAGUAUGUAAGAGUGCAAUAAAACCCAUGCAAAAACAAUGAUAAAAUUUCUAAAAGGCAAGUGCUAUAGGAAUAGUGCCAGUGAGUCGCAUCCCAUCAUUUUUUUAAAUGGAUGUCCUCUGUAGCUAUACCAUGACAUUAAACGGAAUAUCAUCUUUUCUCUGACCUAAAUUGUGGUUGGAACAGUCUACUGUGGGUCUAGUUUACUUGUACACUCAUGCCUAUUUAUUUGUGUACUAGCGAGAGAAUUUUGUGAAAACCUGGUUUCUUAACUGAUACAAGUUUGAUUGAAUAGGGCACUCUUUACACUACCUCAUUUUUUUUUUAUUCUUCUUCCAAAAGUUAGUUCUUGAAUAAAUAUUGUGGAGUCAUUCCUCCUCUUUUUCUUUAAGAAGUACCCUUGAGUUUGUGUGUGUUUUUUGUUUUUGUUUUUUUAAUUUUUUUUAUAAUAAUCAACAUAAAGGUCCAAUGAUCAAUCAUUCAGUUAUCACUAUCUAUUUGGUUCCCAUCGUAUUUCAAGAUGGAAUGUCCUAUUUAUUUACUACCAACCAAUCAUCUAUAGAAGUCAGCAAAGGACAUCCCAGGGUAUGUAAAUUCCAAUUGGUUAUGAUAAACUAAACUGUCAUGGUCCUUAACAAGUUAAAAUUAUGUUUACAAAAAUGGGUUUCCGUACCAAAAUAGUUUAAUACAAAAUUGUCAGUGUUUUGAGUUUUAAAGAAUUUGUUUUGCUGUAUGGCUCAUGAAAGUAUUGGAUCCAACAUAUAACGUAUAAGCUACUUUCCCACCAGUGGAAAGGAAGUAAUCGUAAAUUACAAUCGGAUAUUAUCAAAGUGUUGUCAUCAUUACAGAGGAUUGCCCUGCUUGGAGAAUAGAGGAAUAAAAGUAGAUGGCGUAUGUUACAUUGCUGGCACACUCAGCAGAUGGUAAGAGACUAUAACAACUUAAAGCAAUUUAAUUUGUAUUUAUGGUAAAUUAUUAAAUGCUUUAGGAGCUGUUAUAUGUUGAAUUGAGCCUGUCAUUACAGAUUCACUUUAACAGGUACCGUGACAGUAUGUUGGUUCUUUGUAGGUAAACUAAUCUAAGUUAUGGUUUUAUAAUUUAUACUUUUAACUUAACAUGACAAAUACCUACAUGUAUCAAGUGUAGAGGUACCAUGAAGUAUGGUGAGCAUUAUGUCUUAAGUUGCCAAUUAUAAAUUGUUAAUAAACUUUCCCCAUGUUCUAAUGAA